AUGUGUUUUCCGUUUCUUUCUUUUCGGAUUGGCUGUAAAAUGAUCGUUUGGUUCCAUAACGCUAACCAAUUAUUGAUGCUUCUACCGAAAAAAAAGACGCAUGAAUUAAGAAUAUAUCAUAAUCAUUCAGUACACCUAAAUCCCAUGCUUGCAGCAGCACCUCCUUUCCGAAUAGAGGCUAGAUUGCAGAGUCUAGUAGAUAGAUCGAGAAGACAGCAUGUGCAGCCCGACAACGGCAAAUGGCCGAUCAACCAGUACGAUCCGUUGAAUGGUUUUUAUCAAUCGAUUGGUAACUCACAUGACUCACAUGAUAAUAAGCGAGCGUACGAGAGCGAGUAUCAGGAAUGGUUACGCAGUCAGCAGCACGAUGAUGGUCAACGUCCGGUUUUGAUUCCUGGUCAGCCCGUUCCAGUUUUCCAAACCAGACGGAAUUGCUUGCCACGUCAACCACAAAGUGCAGGACAGCGAAACAAUUGCCGUCAGCGAACUCCCACUCAGCCGCCGUUGAUUCGUGUUUCUAAACGAAUUUGUAGACCUGCUAUGCCAUCAGUUUCUCCCACUCCACAGUUUCAGCGAAGAAGCAACUGUAUUCAGCAGCGGCACACUCCUACAUAUCCGCCUUUGACAGGCAAAUGCAAAGUGGUCUAUAACAUUAUCCCACAAACUCAACGGGUCACAUGUCGCCCACCCCUAACUUCUACAAAGCCAGUAUACAAUAACGGUUGUAUCCCGCAGCUUGUACCGCGCGAUGAGGAUCCUGGCAGUAGGAGUAAGGAGUUUCGGGCCGGUUCCGAUUAUACAGCGGCAAUUACGUCGUCGACACCAACAAACUUCAGAGACUGCGAAGGGUCAGUGAAAAUCGUUUCAGUGAACGCGGCUGGUGUAGUCGAGCACUACAUGUAUAGAACAGGCAAAGACGUUGGCGAAGUGCUCGGUGAGAUGCUGGACGCUGAGGUUGUCCUUUUAAUGAAGUGCAACAUGAUGUUAGGCUGCUCGCUUAUGUCCGCUUUCGUUCACUUGCACUUCGUGGGCCAUUCGAUUGGUAGAUGCACACCCUGUUCCCCAAACACGGGUGACUGA